AUGAAACAAACAGGUGUGGAAACAUUGGCAGUAGAUUUUGCAGCCCUGGUUACUCUCUCACGGCGACUGCGCUGUAGCAAGAGCGUCAACCCCCUCUUGUUGUAUAAAAAUUGCUACAGCACAGCCGUCAGCCUCAGUCUGCGGCUCACUCAGCGUUGGUCGCGCUCGCCUCUUGUAAAAGAAACUAAAAGAACGAACGCUCUUAAGCUAUGAUUUAGUCAAAACCAAAAACUGGCAGUAUUACGCGAUAACAUACAUUCUAUAACGUUGAAACAGUUUCAAUUAAAAGCACGCAUCCGCAAAAGAUAAGCAACAAGUGUUGCCAUACUUGCAACUAAAAUCAAAUUCAUUCAGCAGCCAGCUGCAAGCGGUGUCGGAAGAAAAACCAAAGAGAGAGAGAGAGAGGGAAAGAGAGCGAGCGAACGAGUGAGAGAGCCAACGAGAUAUUCUGGCAAUAUUUUUGUGUUUUUACGUUUUGUUUGUUUUGUCACAAUUGUCAAUCGGCAUUGAAAUAAGAACAGUUUUAAGAAACUACACAAAAUCUGUGCGGAAAAGCAAAAAGAACAAGUAAUAACGUGGCAACGCCUCAGCCCGUGUCAGCUGCUGCGCGUUAGUUUGAAAAAUAAUUUAAAAAAAAAAAACACAGACAUCAACAAGAAGAAAACUUGUUUUGUAUCUGUGGUUUACGUGCGAUAACGAUUACAAGUACAUAAAUAAUAAGAACGCUGCAACAACAAGGCCUCAUCUGCUAUUUCAUCAGUAAUUCAGCGCCAUCCAGCGCCAGGUACUAAAUCAAAGCAAAAACAAAAUCAAAUAUAAAGAUGAUACCUGGCUAUGGGCCCGUCACGCAAGCCCUGCUGGGCACCUUGCUCACCUGGGGCCUAACAGCAGCAGGUGCGGCACUGGUGAUCUUCGUGCGAGGCAAUCAGCGACGUUCAUUGGAUGCAGCAUUGGGUUUUGCGGCGGGCGUCAUGAUUGCUGCCUCGUUCUGGUCGCUGCUUAACCCAGCCAUUGAAAUGGCCGAGACCUCGAAUCUCUAUGGCUCCUAUUCAUUUCUGCCCGUGGCAGGCGGCUUUCUGCUUGGCUCGAUCUUUGUGUAUGGCUGCGAUAAAUUGAUGUCAUAUCUGGGCUUGAAUAGCACCAACAUGAUGAUACAGAUGACGCAGAAUAGCAAAGAUAAGGCUGAUAUUGCCAUCGAUGAGAUGAAAAUGAAUGGCUCAGCGACGGAUAGACAUGCAUCCAAGAGUCUCGAUAGCUUCUCGGACUGUUUGAGUGUGCAACACAGCGGCGAGUCGCGCAGACGGAAGAAGGGUGGCAGCAUUGGCGAAGUGGAGCAAUGCACGUAUACAGUAGGGGCGGCGUUGGAACAGCAACGUGCCCAGGAGGCGUUGUCACAGUGGAAAAGGAUUAUGCUGCUCGUGGUGGCCAUCACUGUGCACAAUAUACCCGAAGGCUUGGCAGUGGGCGUCAGCUUUGGUGCAGUGGGCACUACGAAUAGCUCGACAUUCGAGAGCGCUCGAAACCUGGCCAUUGGCAUUGGCAUACAAAAUUUCCCAGAAGGAUUGGCCGUCAGCUUGCCGUUGCACGCCGCGGGAUUUAGUGUGAUGCGUGCUCUAUGGUACGGUCAAUUAUCUGGCAUGGUGGAGCCGAUCUUUGGUGUCCUAGGCGCCGUGGCAGUUACCUUUGCUAACCUAAUAUUGCCGUAUGCUUUGUCAUUUGCUGCUGGCGCUAUGAUCUAUAUUGUAGCCGAUGAUAUUCUGCCGGAGGCUCAUGCCAGUGGCAAUGGCACAAUUGCGACAUGGGGCACAGUGUCUGGAUUCCUGAUUAUGAUGUGCCUGGAAGUGGCGCUAUCAUGAUAAAGCAAUGGCCACAGCAAAAAAAGAAAACAGAAAUGAGACACGUUCCUAUGCAUGAAGCAUUCCAGGCAAAGGACUUCACAAAAAUCAUUCAUAGUGUAAAUUCCUUUUAAAUAUCGUACUUAAAAGAAAGCGCAUUUUUUAUUGUCUUGUAAAUAUAUAUAAGGUAUAUAUAGUAUGGCCGAAAUCUCUGUAUCUUUUAUAUAUGUAUAUAUAUAUAUUUAUAUACAUUUUGUUAGAAAUCUCAGAGAAUGUUUUUGCCUGCAGCGCGUUUAACGCAUUAAGAUCGAAAGAAAAACCCAACCGUAACUAAGUAUUUUUUUAUAUAAGUAACUUGGCUUCAUUGUUUUUGCCCUGUUAUAUAAAUGCAAAAAAAAGUAACUACUAUAUACAUAUUUAUAAUUUUUAAUAUCUGUCUGUAAACAGACGUGCGCAUGUGAAAUAGGUUUUAAGUUGUCAAGUGCCCUGUCUUUUGUUCUUCCUCUUACUGAACUGUCGUAAUAUUUAAGUAAUAAAACAUAAUGUCUGUGCGUUCAGUA